GCGUCGUUUAAGAUUUAGCCGGUCUUGCGAAAUCAAAGAGCACAGAACAGUGAACAGAACCAAUCCCAAAUCGCAGCUGCAAACCCUCCUCCGUCGCGGCUGCCACCGCUGGCUCUGAAUGGGAGCACCUGGAACAACCAUGGAAGAAGUAAGCAAGAAGACGACGACGAAAAUGAGGCCAUGCUUUUGGACUUGGGCUCUAGCUUCUAUCCUCUUCAGGCUUAUUCUCAUAUACUUCCCCACAAAUCUCAACUUGUCUUCUCGCCCCGAAGUCUCCACCCCUCUCACCAGCCUCCGUCGCCUGGCCGAAGGACACUGGUUGAAACUGUCAUCAAUGUCGCCUUACGCAGGGUCCAUGUACCAUGGUUCCCCUUUGUUGCUGUCACUUCUUGGGCCGCUCACAGUUAAAAGAAUUGAAGGGCAACCGAAUUUUAUUAUUUGCAGUUUGCUUUUUGUGAUUGCAGAUUCUUUCACUGCAAUGCUUAUCCGUGCAACUGGUCAGAAUCUUCAGACAGCAUAUGCACAAACUUUGAAAUCACUGGACAUUGUGAAAUUGCUGGGAAGUUCAGAGGUGUUAUCUUCUGGAGAUAUUGCUGCUCUCGUAUACUUGUGGAAUCCUCUUACAAUAGUAGCAUGUGUGGGUUCAUCAACAUCCCCGCUCGAAAAUUUGAUCAUCAUGUUGUCUCUCUAUGGAGCAUGUACACGACUAGUUCCUUUGGCAGCUUUUGGGUGGGUCAUAGCGACACAUUUAUCUCUUUAUCCUGCAAUCUUAGUUAUACCGGUGAUUCUUUUAUUGGGAUAUGGCCCAGAUGCUCCUCCAAGGAAAUUGCUUUUGCAAAGGAACUUGAGUAAAUCCAGAGUGAAUUCCUCAAGUGAUGGCUCUGGUUCAAUGCCGUCAACGUUUUUCUCAUGGAAGCCUGUGAUGCAUUUCAUAUUUUGGGCAUCUACUGGGGCAAUCUAUUUGUUAGUUUUGUGUGGAGUUUCUGUAAAUCCUUAUGGUGGCUUGUGGGAGAUGUUGAAAAGCACAUAUGGAUUCAUUCUUACUGUGGAAGAUCUGUCCCCUAAUAUAGGUGUCUUAUGGUACUUCUUUGCUGAAGUUUUUGACUUUUUCAGAACUUUCUUCCUGAUCGUCUUCCAUGUGAAUAUUCUAUUCAUGGUAUUGCCACUAGCCAUACGGCUGAAUCACCGGCCUUGCUUUUUGGCCUUUGCAUACAUCGCAAUCUCUUCAAUGCUUAAAUCUUAUCCUUCGGUUGGCGAUUCAGCUUUGUACUUGGGCCUAUUGUGCUUAUUUGUUAAUGAAUUAUCAGAUAUGCAAUUCUCUUUCUUCCUAUUCUGUGGAUAUGUUGGUGUAUUUCUCCUUAGUCCUGUGAUGCACAACCUCUGGAUAUGGAGGGGCACUGGGAAUGCAAACUUCUACUUUGCUACUGCAAUGGUUUAUGCUUGCUUGCAGAUUAUUCUAGUAGUUGAAAGCAUAGGAGCGAUGCUCAACCAUGACAGGAUGCUGAGAAAGCUUUCUGCCACAAAGCUAUGAGACUGGCUAAAUUUUCAGCACCUUCGAGAUUAUAAUCACACGCAUUCUGACAUUCCCAUCUUUCAGCUGCUUCUGCAAACGUCAGCCUGUCAUGAACCAUCUCAUUUGGCAGGUUGGAGAUUGGAUCUCUCUUUGUUUAAACAUUUAUGCCUUCAUUCUGGGGAUGAUAUUUCUUUCUGUUCCUUCUCUGGACUGUGUAUCACACAGUCUACAGAGAAUGUUUGCAUUGAAAGAAGAUUGUUCCACAUAUUUUCUUGAAUUUAAAAAACAUGUUAAUUGAAUAAUUUUGGCCAA